UGAAGUUCAACCUGCGCUUCCUUCACUUAAUUUAAUAAAAACUUGUCAACUUUUCCCAUCAACAGACUUUUGUACUACUACCUCUGCUUUUAUAUGCUUCCUUCACUCAACGAACAAUAUAAACCUUACUUUAUCAACUCCUCUUAAUAAUAAUAACAAUAUAAUCAUUCUUUAUUAUUGUCACAUUAUUAUUAUUAUUAUUACUUACUACUUUUCUCUCUUCAUCAUCAUCUUCUUCUUCCUCAACAUUAUUAUCAUUAUUAUUGUUUCAUUAUCAACUAUUACCUGCUUUGAAUCUUCAAUUUCUCUGCAAUUCUUUGCGAUCUCAAUUUUUCUCUCUCUAAACUUUAAUUUCAAGCAGAAUUUCUGCUGUUGAUUUUCUCUCUCAGUAGUUUGAUGAUACAGGAAUUGAAAAUCGUAAUCAUCGCGAAGUUUGAAGAGCAAUUUGGAGGUUAAGAAUUGACUUCAGUGGUAUGAUUUGGACAUCGAGGAUAACUUUAGAUUUCGAGGUUUUAAUGGGUUGAUAAAUUGUUGAAGAUUUUGAGCAUUUCUGGUGUUUGGAUAAACUGGAGACUGCAUGGGGGGAUUACUCCACCUUUUCGAUUUUCAUCAGGCUGCCAUCGGAAGAAAACAUAAGAAACAAGGGAGUGCCAAUGUGGCAGCUCCUCGCAACAGUUUAGAGGUGGCAGAUGAAACUUGGCGGAGCCAUUAUGCUGUUGGAAACCGUGAGCAGCAGGACUUGCCUAAGAGGAGCUACUAUCAAACUGAUGCCUCAAUGAAGAAGUUGAUUAGCAAAGAAAUAUCUAAACCACCAAAAAGCAGACAGGAUGCACCAAGUAUUGUUGCAAGACUGAUGGGGAUGGACCUAUUACCCGUGGAUAACAAGCCUGAAGUUCAGCCUCUUCAGGAUACUAAUGACGAGAUCAAAUUUAUUGACAAAGAAGUUCAGCUAAUAGAAAAGGUGUCAGCUGUCCGUCCCCCUAAAAAGUCAAAGUCAUCUAGCAAAAAGAUUUACCGUUCAUAUAAAGACACAUAUCUUCGCUACUGGAGCAGUGGCACUAACUUUGGAAAGCCGCGUCCUCGAGUACAUCCUCAAGAGAAAGAGCUCCAGAAAUUUAAGAAAGAAUUUGAAGCAUGGCAGGCAACCAGGUUUCUUGAAUGUGCAAGGGUUGUUCAACUUGGCAACAUUCCUGAACAAUGGCUUGCUCAGUUGGAUCUUACAAAGGAAAAGAUGUCCCUCUAUGAAACCUGUAGAGAAGCAACUGUUGAGAAAUCUGGGGAACAUAAACGAGAUGUGUUAAGGUCAAGGUCUCUACGUGGAGUUAAUUCUGAGCAUCUUGGAUACAGGAAAGAUGUACUCCUAGCUAAGCACAAGGAAUCAUACUCUUUCAGUGGCAGAAUCCCUGGUAGAGACCUUGAGCAGCUCUCUCUGAAGGAUUCUGAUAUAAACUCUGAGAAAUCUUCGGCUCCGUCAAAGAUAGUAGUUUUGAAGCCUGGUCCUGACAGUUUUAGUACCAAUGAUGAGUCUUGGGUAACUUCGACUUGCUCAAUGGAUGACAGGGACUGUAUAGAAGAUCUUCUCGAGGAAGUGAGGGAAAGAUUAAGAUAUGAAAUGCAAGGAAACACAGGCAGAAACGGUUCCAUGGUUAGAGGAGGUGGGAUUGAGACUCCUUUCAAAGAAAAACCAGCAUAUGCAAAACAAACCUAUCAAUCAGUUGCUAAACAUGUGAAGGAAAACAACAAAAAGGACCUGGACAGGAAGUUGUUUCGAUCAGAAUCGGCAAGAUUUUAUCAAAGUGAAAGUCCGAUGAGUGAGCUGGCUCCAUCAUCCCCUGAGUAUAUAUCGAGAGAUACGAGGAAAUUCUUGUCAGAGAGGUUUAGGAAUGUCCUAGAUGGAGAAAAACACCAAAAUCUUUGUGUCAUCUCUGAUGGCUCUCCCAGGGAACCCUUGUUUGAUGAUGCUAGGGGACGGUUAGAGAAAGCUAGGGAUAUUUUAAAUGCUGAACGUGGAAAUCACUAUUGGCGUAAUGGGAACUACAAUUUAGAUAGACAAGCUAUGUCCUUCCGAUGUGAGCUAAGUGAUGAUGGAAGUAUCCAAGAACAGCCAUCCCCGAGGAAUCUGGUUCGAUCUUUGUCAGCUCCAGUAUCAGGAUCGACAUUUGGGAAGCUUCUUCUGGAGGACAGAUAUGUUUCAACUGGGGCUCAAAUUAAACGAAAACAUGAAGGCUUUGAUAAAUUGUCAAUCAAUGUCAAAGACCAAAGGAAGGAAGGGUUUAAUUUGCGAGAGAGGGUUUCCAGUCUCAAGCAUAGCCUCUCUCUUAGAAGGAGGUUGUUUAGCAGAAAGCUCGAGUCAGUGGAUUUAUCUGAGAGCAAUGAAUUUGAUUCAGCAAAUGAUAUAAUGAAUGGACCCACAGUUACAACACGCUUCAAUAACAGGAAUGACAACUCAACUGAGCUCCCGCCUAGUCCUGCAUCCAUAUGCAGUAGUUCUCAUGAAGACUUUUGGAAGCCAAUAGACCAUCCCAGUCCAGCAUCAGUCUCGGAUGUGACCUCAGUAGAAGAUCACAGUGUGGGCAAUGUUUUUAAGGAGAUUAGCUCUAAUCUUACAGAGUUGCGGAAGCAAUUGAACCAACUUGAUUAUGAAGGAUCAGAAAUCAGUCAAAUCACCACUGUUACCGAGGAUCCUUCUGAACUAGAAAUUGACUUGGAAGAUGAAGCAGAAGUCUACAUUAAGAACCUGCUUCUUAUUUCGGGUUUAUAUGAUGGAUCAUGGGUUAAAUCUUUCUCGAGAUGGGAUCCAUACGUGAAGCCCAUGGGCAAUUGGGUCUUUGAAAAGUUGGAAGAAUCAUAUCAAAAACCAACUAAUAAGUAUGAUGCCACGAGCUUCGAGGACAAUAGUUUGGAGCAUAAAUUAUUGUUCGAUUUAUCGAAUGAGGCACUAACAGUUGUACUCGGGCCCCGAAGGACAUUGUCUAAGUUCAGGAGGAAGACAACUGAUGUUACCAUGUUUCCCUGUCCUCAGGGCAGAAAACUGUUGGAACAGGUAUGGCAGAUGAUCCAAGAGUAUCUAUACCCCGUAAGCAACACGUCCUUUUAUUCGUUCGAUGAUUUGAUUGCUCAUGAUCUGCAUAUUAUUCCUUGGUUUAGUCUAUUGGAUGAAGAGAUAAAUGCUAUGGGUAAAGAGUUGGAAUCUCAGAUUACAGGGGACUUAUUGGAAGAAAUUUUAAUGGAUGUGCAAUUUUGACAGUGUACAGAUGCCACAAUUUUUACUCGUGGGAUCAAAUUUGUUUAUAUGGGUGAAACAUGGUCUGAAGUUUGGUUUUGGUAAAUUUACUCGUAUGUCAUAAAAAAGUUUGUUUGUAGAUGUUCGUGAAUAGGUAGGGUAUUUACUAUUUAACCAAUGACUGUAAAUUUUACUUUUCAUGUAUCACUAAUUCUUUUCUUUUCUUCUUUUUCUGACUAGCUAAUUUAUUAUGGAAACAAGAAUUGGUGAAAGUUCUGUGUGAAGCUUAAUAAAACACAUUGUACACUGGUUUAUC